AUGACAGAGACAGUGAAUGUCUUGGUGAAUGACGGAUCAAGUGUAGGCGCUUAUACACUUGAUCUGAUUACGCCUCCGAAGUUGACUUCGGAGAUCACUCAGUUGCCAACGCUCGAACACAAAAGGUUCUCGCGUGAUCUGCGUAGUGGCAAAGUCAAGCAGAUCUGCGUACUCGUCGCUGACGACGAGUGCGUAGCCGACAUAAGAUCAGCAACAGUGUUUACUGAGAACGAGAGAGUUCUCAGUAGUUCAUCUAUGGACGAGAGUGUCCUAGAUGAAUAG